AUGGUGACUGAAUCCUUAAUUCCAUUAGAAUCAAAUCCCGAAGUGAUGAAUAAGUUCUUGCAAAAGCUAGGUGUACCUAGUCAAUGGGGAAUUGUUGAUGUGACGGGGUUAGACACAUAUGCACUCGCAUGGGUCCCCCGCCCGGUCCUUUCUGUGAUAUUACUGUUUCCUACAUCUCAAGCCUAUAAAGAACAUAAGCAGAAACACGAAACUGAAAUUUUGUCUAAAGGUCAAGUAAUAGCGAACGAUGUCUUCUACAUGAAGCAACUUGUUAGUAAUGCAUGUGGAACAGUGGCUCUUGUACACAGUAUUGCCAACAACACAGAUCAAAUAGGACUGUCUGAUGGUGUCUUAAAGAAGUUCCUAGACGAGGCAAAGCCCUUAGAUGCUGCAUCUAGAGGUAAAUUAUUUAAAGAGUGUGACGGCAUCAUAAAUGCUCAUAAAGAAUUAGCUCAAGAAGGCCAAACAAACACUCCAAAUGCUGAAGAACCUGUCAAUCAUCACUUUAUAACUUUUGUUCACAAAGAUGGUGUCUUAUAUGAGUUGGAUGGCAGUAAAGCUUUUCCUAUUAACCAUGGGGCAACUACAAGUGACUCUUUUUUGGAAGAUUCAUUUAAAAUUUGCGAGGAAUUCAUGGCCCGUGAUCCUAAUGAAGUUAAAUUUACUGUGGUUGCACUGACCGCUCAGGAUUAA